ACACUGCUAUCUCCUCUUCUCCUGUUCGGGGCGGCACUGUACUAGCAGAGGGAGCUGGAAUUGUAACCCAACCCGGCAGCCCGCGCACACGGCGGGGCACGGGCGCACGGCAUCGUCUCCACCUCAGCGAGUCAGCGUAGCUGUGAACCGACUGGUCAGACUCAGACGGAUCGGCGGCCGACGCGCCCGCACGCGGACGGCCACCGCAAGGCAAUCGCCGGCGGCGGCGUGCGAAGUUGCGAUGGAGAACCCCACGUCGGCGGCGUCGCGUCCGGAUUUCUACGACUUCCUCGACCGCAUGCGCCGCCCAGCCGCCGCCGAUCUCUUUCGUUCGAUCAAGAGCUUCCUCGUGUCCUUCUCCUUCCACGAGCCCAACACCGAGGGGGACGGCAGCAAGGUACAGGGCUUCCUCACUGAGAUGGAGGGCGCCAUCAGGGACCACCCGCUCUGGGCCAACGCCACUAACCAGGAAAUCGACCACGCGCUCGAGGGCCUUGAGAAGUACAUCAUGACAAAAUUGUUCAAUCGCACUUUCGGGGCCUCAUCAGAGGAUGCCAUUAUUGACAUGGAGAUCUCAGAGAAGAUUAGUCUACUGCAGCAGUUUGUUAAGCCUCAUCACUUGGAUAUACCUAAGGUUCUGCAUAAUGAGGCUUCAUGGCUGCUUGCAGUGAAAGAGUUGCAAAAGAUAAAUUCGUUCAAAGCACCACGUGAGAAACUUCUAUGCAUCAUGAGCUGCUGUCAAGUCAUCAAUAACUUGCUUCUGAACAUAUCGAUGUCAAAUGAUCGCACACUGUCUGGGGCUGAUGAGUUCCUUCCUAUUCUUAUCUAUAUUACUAUCAAGGCCAAUCCUCCUCAGCUGCACUCAAAUCUAAAGUUUGUUCAGCUCUUUAGAAGGGAAACAAAGCUAGUUUCAGAAGUCGAAUAUUAUCUGACAAACCUCAUUUCAGCAAAGAUGUUUAUAAUAGAUGUUAAUGCUCGCUCGCUAUCGAUGGAAGAAAGUGAGUUUCAGAAGCAUAUGGAAUCGGCAAGACUAGCUACUAAAAUAUAUGUGGCUAGCCCUAGUAGCUCACAGGUGCUUCCUACAUAUACAAGGGCACAUAAGGAGGAAACUGAUCUAACAGGCGCCAGAUUCCCUUUCAUGGACUCAGAAACUGAAACUUUGAGUCCAGGGGAAGUCAAGCAGUUGCAUGACCUGUAUAGGCAAGUUGUCACCAGAUAUACGCUGCUGUCUAAAGCUUUAAGAAAGUUAUCCAUAGAUGAGGAUCAGCUCCUUAGUUCAGUAGAUGAUUUAUAAAGUCAUGUGAAGAUGUAAAGAUCGUGGUAUCAAUCAUAAACAGCCUCCAUGUCCACAAUACUCUUGUACAUGUACAGUGGACUAGUGGAGUUAAUAUGUGUGCAGCCUCGUUUCCAUCGGUUGCAAUCUCAUAGGAAAAGGAAUGAGAUCUUACAGUCAAUGCAUGUAAGAAAGGCUACAGCAAGUCCAACGCAAAUACAGCCCGCACCACCUGUGAGUUGGGCAUAUCACGCAUGGCUACUGCUGUUUUUGCCUUGUCUCACUAAUGUUAUGACAUGACUUGCACCUAGUCAUGGUCAGUUCGUGACUUGUACUUCGAUUGGUGAUCCUUGUUAUUCUCCUUGAUAGACCUUCCAACAUCGGUCCUGCUGAAACUGGAAAUUGACCAUUACACAGCAUAUUAUCUGAGUUAUCCACUUCUAAAUGGUGUACAAUCUGCCACCAGACAGUGUUACAAUUUUGGCACUGAGAGCUUCCUGCAAUGAAGAAUAUGAAUUCGAACCUAAAAUGAAGACCAGAAAAUCACUAGGGAAGGUGGCGAUGAAGAUGGAGUAACAAAGCUGGGAAAAUUCUGAAACUCAUCAUGCUAUACAACUAUGCUAGUUGAUUCCUAAUCACUUCUAGGGAAGGUGGAGAUGAAGAUGGAGUAACAAAGGCUGGGAAAAUUCUGAAACUCAUCAUGCUGUACAACUAUGCUAGUUGAUUCCCAACGUUCAGUGGUUGGUGUUGAGCCUUGAGGUUUGAAAGUCGUUAGUGUUGGAAAGUGUGCAAGCAUGGAACACGCAAACUUAGCAUGUUGCGGAUGCAUACAGGAGGAGCUAACCUGGGAAAUGUGCAGGAAUCUUAUUAUGCUUCGGGCCCUCGACCAAACUCAGUCACACAUUAUGCUGAGGAAGAUGAAUAAUUUGUGUGAAGAUUGUGUCAUAAUCGAAGGUUGGAGGAUGAUGAGAGCAAAUUUCAUGUAAUUCCCAUUUGGUUAAACAGCUGAUGUACUUUGAACAAAGCUUAUCAUUGUGUUCUUUUUUUUUUGAGUGGUAGGCGUAUUAUGGUGUUCUAAUGUUUUGAGUGGUACGCAUCGAGGGAUGCCCCUCGCUUGAUUUGUUUGUGCUCCACCAUGUUGAGCUGGUAUUAAGAAAACAGCUUGAAGCAG